UCCCAGUUGCUGGUUGGGGGUUGGACUCCUUACAGCACUGGUUUGUCAGAUGGCAACACUGGCCUGAAAUGGCUGUUCAGAGCUGACUGGAAACUUGUUGUGAGCUGCUUGUUGUCACUAUUAUUUUUGCUGCAGAUUUGUCUACACAAACGAGUUGUUUUGUUUCUUUCGCUGCCCUCAUGGACCUGUUUGAGAUCAGAGGAGGGGUGCUGGAUGUGAUUGCAGAGGAAGCUGAGCACCAGGACUCAACCAGAGAGUCGCCCACCAUGUACGCAGGGUUUUCGAACAGAGGAGGGAGGACAAACCGAGAUGUGUCCACCUUCCAGAGGUUCUCCGUCAACACCAACGAGUCCCUUCGUUUUGAGCCCUGUGAGGACAGCAGUCCCUCUCCCACUGGAGCAGAAGACGGUGAAGAUUCUGAUGACGAUGACGUGUUUAAGGAGGGUCAAGCUGAGGGUGAGACCAUGUCAAUCAGAAACCGACUGCAGGGGAAAGUUACAGAGAUGGAGAACUUUGCAGGCCAUCUGGAGGAAAUCUUUCUUACUGUGGAGGAGAAUUUUGGCCGUCAAGAGCAGCACUUGGAGCAGCACUACAACGACGUGCUGCAGACGUUGUCUCAGCGCUACGACGAGAGGGCGGCUGGACUGGAGGAGGAGAAGAAGAGCAAGCUGGAAGCCCUGUACGGUCAGCUGCUGGCUUGCGGUCAGGCUCUGGAUGCCUCCAAGGAGCUCAUCGAGACGGCUCAGGAGAUCCAUCGCAGCCAGGACAAGAGGCUUUUCCUGAAGUCUGUCAUGCCCACCAUAAAAAGGAUCGAGGAGUUUUCCAAAGAGGAGGUCGACCUCACGUUGGCUACGUCCCUUGAAUUUAACACACCUCUCGCUGACCUGUCAGACGUCAAAACCAUGAUGGAUUCCAUCAACGUCGUUCCAGCUCCAUCUGCACCCGUGAUCAACCCCCAGAGCCCCAACUCUGCCACGCAGACGUCCCUGCGUGUGUGCUGGAGCUUGUUCUCCGACGACACGGUGGAGUACUACGAGCUCUACUACACGGUGCUGGAGGACACGCCGGCAGACAGCACCUGCGCACCACACGUAAGCAAGGUAAAAGUGAAGGAGACCCACUGCACCGUGACAGAUCUGCUGCCCAACGCUCAGUAUGAGCUCUGGGUGACGGCGACCAAUACAACAGGCAUCAGUCCGGCGAGUGAGAAGGCCUUAUACGUGACAGUGCCGCUGCCUCCGGUGAUCAGACAGAGGGAGUGUGCUAGCUGUCCAGUGGCAGCUCUGAUCCGCUGGGAGUCAGGAAACACCAACCCUGUGGACUCUUACACCGUGGAGCUCGGUGAGAUGGGUACGGACGGCACAGAGAGCAGCAUUACAGAGUCUGUAGUUGCCGUGCCAACCUGUCAGUGUCAGAUCCAGCUUCAGACGGGGCGACGUUACCUCAUCUAUGUGAGAGCAGUCAACAUUGGCGGGCCCAGCAACAGGAGUGAAGUUAUUACCGUCUCCACAACAGGUACAUUCUUCUACCUCCUUGAAGGCACUGCCCAUCCAUGCCUUUCGUUCUCCGAGGAUGGCUUCACUAUAUUUUAUGGGGAUGAGGAACUGCCAAUAAGUGCUAUGGCCUUAGAUGACAACACCUUCACCAGGUGUGUGGCUGUGCUGGCGGAUCUGAUUCCAGUGCGGGGCAGACACUACUGGGAGGUUGAGGUGGACGACGGGACCGAGUUUCGGAUCGGGGUGGCAUACGAGGACACGGAGAGGAACUCGUACCUCGGGGCCAACGGUACCUCCUGGUGCAUGAGACACAUUCUCAGUCCGUCCAGGCACAAAUACGAGUUUCUGCACAACGGUUGGAGUCCUGACUUGAGGAUUACAGUGAACCCUGUGCGGAUCGGAUUGGCACUCGACUACGAGAGGGGGACUCUGUCCUUCUUUAAUGUGAAUCUGGAGCAACACCUGCACACCUUCCAGUGUCACUUCCGAAAUUACGUCAAGCCGUGCUUCAGCCUGGACAACCCAGGGGCGCUGACUGUGCACAACGGCAUCGAGGCUCCGGAGUACGCAUUCAUCUGACUCCAGAGAUCAUCUCCUGUAUCAACAUGACCAGAGCAUGAUACAACUUUGCUUUUAAUACUGAACAAAGUUCUGGGAUUAAACCGGUUUAAAAUUAAAUAAACAAACAACAGCCAAAGUCAUGAAAGAACCGACUUUCCUCAUAAAAGA